AUGCCCGAAGAACCGAAACACCGCAAGGGAAGUUUCGGUGGCUUCGUGGACAAAGUGCUCCACCGUGACCAUCACGAAGACAAGGACCAAGCCCAUCAAGCCAAGGAUGAGCAUGACCCUGACCAGGAGCGACAUGAAGACCAACCCCAGAAAGAGGGUGAGAUGGAUAGGGUCAAGGACUAUGUCAAGAAGGAUCAGGACAUGGAGGCGGAGGGACGGACUUACGGAGAUUUGAUGUGA